UGAUCGCGAUCAGCCGUCUCGUCACUUCUGGUCCAAGAUGGCUGCUCUGAGAAGGAACCUGAUGCAAAAUGAGCAGUUGAGUUGGACAGAUGACCUCCCCCUCUGCCAUUUAUCUGGCAUAGGAUCCACUACAAACAGGUCCUAUAACUCAGAAGGAGUCCCCAAGGAAGAGCAUCCCUGUGAAGACAACUGGCUCAAGUUCAGGGGAGAGAAUAACAUCUAUCUUUAUGGAGUGUUCAAUGGCUAUAAUGGAACCAGAGCCACAAAUUUUGUCGGCCAGAGGCUGGCAGCUGAACUCCUCUUGGGGCAGUUGCAUUCAGACGUCACAGACGCAGAAGUUCAGAGAGUGCUUUUGCAGGCAUUUGAUGUGGUUGAAAGAAGUUUCCUCGAGUCUAUAGAUGAUUCCCUAGCAGAAAAAGCAAGUCUCCUGUCUCAGCUACCGGAGGGUACAGCACUUCAGCAGCUCCCCAGCCAGUACCAGAAGAUUGUAGAGCGACUUAACACCCUAGAGAAGGAGAUUUAUGGGGGCGCCAUGGUUAUUGUCGUGUUAAUUGUGAACAACAAACUUUACGUCGCUAAUGUUGGUACCAACAGAGCUCUGCUAUGCAAAUCUACAGUGGAUGGACUGCAGGUCACACAGCUUAAUGCUGAUCACACAACCGAAAAUGAAGAUGAGAUAUUCCGACUAUCCCAGCUUGGGUUGGAUACAGCCAAGAUAAAGCAAGCAGGUGUUAUAGGAGGCCAAACAAGCACUCGAAUAAUUGGGGAUUACAAAGUCAAAUAUAACUACAAUGACAUGGAGUUGCUAAGUGCAGCAAAAUCGAAGCCAAUCACAGCAGAGCCAGAAAUCCACGGAUGUCAGCCCUUGGACGGUGUAACAGGAUUCCUGGUCCUGAUGUCAGAAGGGUUGUACAAAGCUCUGGAUGCUGCACAUGGACCUGGACAAGCAAAUCAGGAGAUAGCAGCAAUGAUUGCCACAGAGUUUGCCAAGCAAGUGUCUCUGGAUGACGUUGCUCAGGCAGUGGUGGAGAGAGUCAAGCGGAUACAUCAUGGCACCUUUGUCAGUGGUGGAGAGCAUGCCAAGUUCUGUGCCAAGCACGAAGACAUGACCUUGCUUGUCCGUAACCUGGGCUACCCUUUGGAAGAGAUUAACCAAACUACUCUUACUCCUACCCAGGGUGGCCGAGUAUACCCGGUAUCUGUGCCCUAUUCCAAUGCCCAGAACACUAGUAAAACCAGUGUCACGCUCUCUCUGGUUAUGCCAUCACAGGGAACAAUGGUGAAUGGUACCCACAGCAGUUCAACACUGGACGGAACAACUCCAACACUGCAGUCACCUAGUGCAACCCUCCAGUCCACCAACACUCACACACAAAGCAGCAGCUCCAGCUCAGAUGGUGGCCUCUUCCGCACUCGUCCAUCACCAUCUCUUCAGCCAGAUGAGGAUGGUCGGGUAGAACCCUAUGUGGAUUUCACAGAAUUUUAUCGUCUCUGGAGCAUGGAACAUAGUGAUCCCACGGCUUUAGUCACUGCUCAGUGAGCCAAAAUUUAAACUGUGGUCAACUGUUCCCAAUGUCAUCUAUGACUGUUGCAGUUUUACAUCAAGUCUUAUAAACUGCAAGAAGAAUGGUCUUUUACAUAUAAGAAGAAAGUCAACUCUGUUGGUUGUGACACCAUUUCACCUGAAGAGUGGUUGUUUCUAAUGUGCUCUUGGAGGACUGGAGGUUCUUAAUGAAAUCGGUCUGUAAGUUUGUCCCUUUGACAUUGGUUGCAGCGUCCAAGGGUGUUGUGUGCAUAUUU